AUGUUCCGAGACAAAACCGCUGAACUCAUUCCAUUAGAUAUAACAGACGAAACCAAUGGUGUGGCUGUGACUGACAUUGAUAAUGACGGUCAUUUUGAAUGGAUUUUAGCUGGAUAUACUGGACCUAAUCUGAUACUAAAAUUAGUAAAUGGUACUUACCGAAAUGUGGCAGAAGUUGGUUCACCCUAUGAAAAUCUCAGAGAUCCUGAUGGUGCAGCUCGUGGUGUGUGUGCUUGUGAUCUGAAUGGUGAUGGCAGAGAAGAAAUUUAUUUUGUCAAUUCUAACCACCGUUAUUCCGGUAUAGAGUCCUAUACAGAUAGACUGUUUAUAUGGAGAGAUGAGAAGUAUAUAGACCUCUUCCAAGACCCUAUUAAUAAACAUAUACCCAUGUACCCAGGUACUGCUGUAGCGUGUCUUGAUAGAGAUGGUGAUGGUCGUUAUGGCUUUUUUGUUACUACCUAUUCCGAAGUUGGUCGAGGUAGACAUCGUGUUAUUGAAAUGGAUUCAGAUCAUCCUGAUCAUGACAGUGGUAGGGGUCACAUUAAGCUGAUUGAUGUGGCUUUAUCUACUGGUCUAGGUACAAUGAAUGGUGGUCAAGGUGUAGCUAUAGGGCCUAUAUUUGGUGAUAGCAGCAAAUUAGAUAUCUUUAUAACCAAUGAAGGUAGUACCAGACUAGGUAAUAUUGGUAAGAACAACCUGUACCAGUAUUUGCCCAAUGGAACAUACUUAGAUGUAGCAACACCCGAAGGUAAGUUGAGAGAUACAACGGAAGAUGGUCGAGGUAUUUCUCUUGGUGAUAUAAAUAAUGAUGGUUUGAUAGAUGUGGUUUAUGGCAACUGGUUUGGGCCUCAUCGUAUCUUGUUACAGAAAACAGAUAGCGUUGGUCGAUCCACUUUUGAGAAUUUUGCAAGCCAAGAAUUUUCAAGAUCAUCACCAGUCACGUCUGUUCUUGUGGAAGAUUUUGAUAAUGAUGGUGGUGUUGAGAUCUUGCUUACUAAUCAGUAUAAUGUACCAGGUUAUUCCCAUGAGGGCAUGUUGAUAUCCAGCAACAGACUCUUCACUACCAGACCUAAUCACCAUGGUAACAUCAGUUUAGUUAGUCUUGAUAUGGGUGAUGCUAUUGAAACUAUGCUAAGUGGAUCAGGUAAGAUAUCUGUAGGUGAUAUUGAUGAAGAUGGUGUUUUGGAGCUGGUAAUCUGUCACAACAGUAAACAUUCUUUACCGCACUCAGUCAGACUGUAUCACGUGAUUCAAGGGAGAAAUAAUAAUUGGUUACGAGUGAUUCCCUUCACACAAUAUGGCGCUCCCGCCAGAGGAGCUAAAGUGACCUUGACAUUAAGUGACCUUUCCAAAAUCACAAAAAUUAUUGAUUUAGGAUCGGGUUUCAUGUCACAGAUGGAGCCUGUUGCACAUUUUGGACUGUCUGCAAAUCUGGUGGAAUUUGUGAAAGUGACGUGGCCUGACGGUCGCAGAAUCAGACGUUCAUUAACUGAUGCUGAUGUCAAUAUGACCCUAUUUAUAACAUACAAUGGAGUAAUGACAUCCAAAUCUACACAUCGACGUUUGGCGGAAAUAACAAUAGAGGUUAAUGGUGGGUACAUUAUUCUUUUCCCAUCAUAUUCAGCUUAA